AUGGUGUUAGCCGAUCUUGGACGAAAAAUUCGAAAUGCCAUUGGCAAGCUGGGUCAGGCAACCAUUAUUAAUGAAGAGGAACUUGAUGCCAUGCUCAAAGAGGUCUGCAUGGCGCUCAUUGAGUCAGAUGUUCACAUCCGUCUGGUUAAGCAACUGAAAGAUAAUGUGAAGAAAGCGAUCAAUUUUGAAGAGAUGGUUGGAGGUGUAAAUAAACGACGUUUGAUCCAGAAAACUGUAUUCAACGAACUUCUCAAAUUAGUGGACCCUGGUGUUACGCCGUAUCAACCGAAAAAGGGACAACCUAAUGUGAUCAUGUUCGUCGGUUUGCAAGGUUCAGGAAAAACCACCACUUGUACUAAGAUGGCCUAUUACUAUCAACGUAAGGGAUGGAAGACAUGCUUGAUUUGUGCUGAUACAUUCCGUGCAGGAGCUUUCGAUCAGCUCAAACAGAAUGCCACAAAGGCACGGAUACCUUUUUAUGGCUCCUACUCUGAAAUGGAUCCCGUAAUUAUUGCUGCAGAAGGUGUAGAAAAAUUCAAAAAAGAAAAUUUCGAGAUUAUAAUCGUUGAUACCUCUGGAAGGCACAAGCAAGAGGCUUCACUCUUCGAAGAAAUGCUGCAAGUGUCAAACGCUGUGAACCCAGAUAAUGUUGUAUUCGUUAUGGAUGCCUCUAUUGGACAAGCUUGUGAAGCCCAAGCUCGUGCCUUUUCGGAAACUGUGGAUGUUGCUUCUGUUAUAAUUACUAAACUCGACUCCCAUGCAAAAGGAGGUGGAGCAUUGUCCGCCGUGGCUGUUACGAAAUCUCCUGUUAGUUUCGUUGGUACGGGUGAACACAUCGAUGAUUUUGAGCUAUUCAAACCAAAAGCAUUUGUGCAAAAACUGCUUGGAAUGGGAGACAUUGCUGGUUUGGUUGACAUGGUCAACGAUAUUGGCAUAAAAGAUAACGAGGAGCUUGUUAGCCGUCUGAAACAUGGUCUAUUCACUCUUCGGGAUAUGUACGAACAGUUCCAGAACAUCAUGAAAAUGGGUCCUUUCAGUCAAAUAAUGAGUAUGAUCCCUGGAUUUGGGCCUGAAUUCAUGACAAAAGGCAAUGAAAAGGAAUCUGUUGGCCGAUUGAAGAAACUCAUGACUAUCAUGGAUUCAAUGAGUGAUACUGAAUUGGAUCAUCCGAAGGCGUCAGAGCUUUUCACAAAAGAACCAGGUCGUGUUGUUCGUGUGGCUAGAGGUUCUGGUACUACGCAAGCUGAUGUUCGUGAGCUACUCAGUCAGUACAAGAAGUUUGCCGACAUGGUUAAGAAAAUGGGAUCAAUCAAGGGGCUAUUCUCCGGAAAGAAUGGUGAUAUCAACCCGAAAAACGUCAAUCCUGCACAGAUGAUGAAACUAAAUCAACAAAUGGCUAAAAUGAUGGAUCCUCGUGUAUUGCAGCAGAUGGGAGGAAUGGGUGGUUUGCAGAACAUGAUGGCUCAAUUGCAAAAAGCCGGUGGAGGCAAAGGGGGAGGCUUGUUUUAG